GUCAAGGGCGAGGCAAAGGGGUUCUGCUGGCGAGGCAGCGGAGUGAUGGAAUCGCCAUAGGGCUCGGCAGAGUCGGGAGUGCCAGGGCGCAUGGGCGUGGCUGUGGCCGUGGUGUUGGCCGUGGUAGAACGAGGAUAUUCCAUUGCGAGGGAUAGAAUUGGUAGACACAACUGUCGACUAGGGAAAAAUGUGUUUUUAGAUUUCGAAGCUCUCUCUCUCUCUGCAAUUGUGGGAGAGAUUGGACAACGAAGGACGAGGAAUUCAGAUAAAAGAGAAUGAAUGCUCAAGUCGCCUCGAGAGAGGGGACAGCAAGGUGCAGGAAAACGAAGGGAUCCUGACCAGCAAAGAAGAGCUGUGAUGAAUGAUGAGUGAUGAUGAUGGAGGAAACAGAAGGGCAACAAGAAGCAGGGCAGCGUGUGUUUUUGAAGCACAGGCAGAGCAUGCUACGACGGCCGCUAUGCCAUUUCACUGGCGAUACGGCUGGCCACCCAAAAGCCAUGUUUGGAAAAGAUCCAGCAACCGCUAUCGAUGCGAUGCCUUAGCUCGGCCGGCCUGGGCUGGACAAGGACCAGCAAUCCCGGGGCCAGACAAUUAUUGCUCUGCCAGAUUGGGGCAUCUAGCUGGCUUUCGAACACAUGGGGGCAUGGCAGACACGCGCACUAGAUCUUGUCGCGCUGUACACAUCAUGGUCCAGUUCUGGGGGCACGCUGACGUUGCGGCGGCGAUUGCAUCUUGUCUUGGUCGCAAGCACCAAGACCAGCCGGACGGGUUGGCGUCUCCGGAGUGGUUGGGGCCGAAAAUCUUGCCUGGCAACAUCCAGGUCGAAAGAUUGAACCCUGAUAGAGAAGGGGAUGGUCAACGACCAUGCGAAGAUGCUUGUGGUGAUGUGGGCUGGAAUGGUCUGGCAUCAUCGGCAAAUGGACAAGGCCCGACAGGGGUCUGCUUUCUUUUUUUUUUUUUUCCCCCUUCCUGUUAUGAGCACAGUUACUUUGUACGGCCGGGCUCAAAGACGAAUAAAGAGCCGUGUUCGGUUCGGAUAGUUAGGUAGGUUAGUGCUGGACCGUGUACUGAGAUGGGAGCUGUUGAUGUCAAAGCCAAAAGGUUCGAUUCCAGGCAGAUUUAGC